UGCUUCAAGGUGCUUCCUGCGUGCUAACCACACUGUCAUCGCAGGAUGGUAACAGUAGCAUCAUUUGAAAAUGUGCAUGUUUUUUUUUGUAUGACUUGUUAUUGAAAACUAUUUUAGUCUUUGACAUGUGAACAACUCAUAAUGAUAUGAAAAUGUAUUGAACAACGAUUGUAAUUUAAUUAAAAAAAGAUACUUGAGAAAAUGCAUCAAAUGUUAUGUAAUGUUGUCAAUAUCCAAUUAGUCAUGCUCAGGACUAAGAUGUGUUAUUCUCUCGUUGGACAUUGGCAGCACACACACACACACACACUAGGUACUUAAGUCCUUCUGUCAGUAGUACAGCAGCUUACUGCUUCACCCAGCCAAUCACCACCUAGAACCUGUCUGAAGGGCAACCAGCCCACCCUAAAACACAUUUACUGCUUUCAGUCUCUGAACUGCUUAGUUACACACAAACUUCUGGAGGUGGAAGAAGAGCAUCACUUGAAGAUCUUGGAUUUAUUCCCAAACAAGUCAACGAUCAUGUUCAAACUGUUGUCAGUGAUCCUGGGCGUGCUGCUCCUAGCCACGAUGGCACCCACCCCCGAGGCCAGACGUGGUGGAGGCUUUAGAGGGGGAGGUGGAGGCGGCAGACCGGUCUACAGAGCCCCACCUCCAAGGAGCAGUGGACCCAGCACCGGUAAAAUAGCUGGAGCAGCGGCAGUGGGGGCCAUCGGAGGAACCAUGCUGGGCUCUGCCCUGAGCCGCCCCGGGUACGGCUACGGUGGAGGAUACGGAGGCUAUGGAGGUUAUGGGGGCUUUGGAGGGGGUUACGGCUACCCGAGAGUAGCUGCUGGCCAUGCCUACAAACCAGCGUAUGAGGCGGAGGGCUCUGGAGAUUUGGAGUACUACACUGGAGCGUCGAGUGGACGCAUCUACAGCAGCAUCAUCGUCCUUAUUGGCACCCUGCUGUCUCUGCUGCUCGGACACUGGUCGGCACUGCCAGCCAUGUGAAGAUGCCACUUGAUGCUCGAGCUAUAGAGGCUACACUCAACUGCACCCCCGUGUGGACACAAGGGUGAACUGCUAGAGUGACAUUACAGUAUUAGUACUUCUUAAAUAGCGGGCGGACCGCCCAUUGAGGCCGCGUGUGAUCGUCGGGGACAUGCUUCACACCCCGUUUCAACAAGUUGCACUACAAAACUUGCUCAAUGUAGCCAUUAAUCCUGACUUACCGUAUUUUUCGGACUAUAAGUCGCAGUUUUUUUUCAUAGUUUGGCCGGGCUCCAGUUCGACUUAUAUGUUUUUUUCCUUCUUUAUUAUGCAUUUUCGGCAGGUGCGAUUUAUACUCCGGUGCAACUUAUACUCCGAAAAAUACGGUACCCAUUAGGAUUUUAAAAAAUCAGCACACAUUUUAUUAUUUUUGCAGGUUAUAGAAAAUGGAUGGAUGGAUGUUAUAUAUAUUGUGCUCCUGAGCUUAUUUAAUUAUAAUUGUCAGUAUCAAAUCAAUCAAUCAAUCAAUAUAUAGCCCUAAAUCACAAGUGUCUCAAAGGGCUGCACAAGCCACAACGACAUCCUCGGUACUGAGCCUACAUAAGGGCAAGGAAAAACUCACCCCAGUGGGACGUCGAUGUGAAUGACUAUGAGAAACCUUGGAGAGGACCGCAGAUGUGGGUAACCCCCCCCCCUCUAGGGGAGACCGAAUGCAAUGGAUGUCGAGUGGGUCUGACAUAAUAUUGUAAGAGUCCAGUCCAUAGUGGAUUCAACAUAAUAGUAAGAGUCCAGUCCAUAGUGGGGUCAGCAGGAAACCGCAAAGGACUCACGUCGGUCAAAAAAGUUCGUAUAGUUAAAAUAUAUAUAAGUCAAAGUCAAAUUGAUGCACAUAAAAUAUUUUCUUUUAGAUUAAAAAACAAUGUUAUUAAAGUUAUUCUUUGUUGUAAAUUGAUUGAUAUUUAUUUUUCUUUAGUGUUAAUAAGAAUAAAGUGUUAUGCAGAGAUCUACUUAUCUUAUUUUAUUGAAAAAUGACACGGGUGGGGCAAAAGGAAACAAGAAUUAUUGCAGUAGAUUCUCGCAGCCAAUCUUCAUGUUACUACUUUGUAAUACCAUCAAUAAGAACAAUAACGGCAUGGCGCCGUUGGGAGAGUGGCCGUGCCAGCAACCUGAGUGUUCCUGGUUCGAUCCCCACCUACUACCAACCUCGUCACGUCCUUUGUGUCCUUGAGCAAGACACUUCACCCUUGCUCCUGAUGGGUCGUGGUUAGGGCCUUGCAUGGCAGCUCCCGCCAUCAGUGUGUGAAUGUGUGUGUGAAUGGGUGAAUGUGGAAAUAGUGUCAAAGCGCUUUGAGUACCUUGAAGGUAGAAAAGCGCUAUACAAGUAUAACCCAUUUAAUAAUAAUAAAUGUAUUGCAUAUAUUGGAGUGUUUCUUCCUACGCUAUGUUGUGACAUUUCCAGCUCAUUUUGUCAUCUAGUAUGACCUCUAAAAUUGUUUUCAUUUCAUUAGCAUCGGUGCUUGUGUCUUUUCAACUAUAAUCAAAUAAGAUUUGACUUGCUUGUGACUCCAACAACAUACUUUUUAUGUGCAUUUUUACCUGAAAACAUGUAGUCCUGUAAUCUGCAAAUAAUACUAAGUCUUUUUCUUUUGGUUUACAGAGAUGACUUAUCAAUAAUGAAUAAUCAUAUAAACCAGGGGUGACAAACGUACGGCCCAUGGGCCGGAUCUGGCCCGCGAACAAGUUUUAUCCGGCCUGCGAAAUGAGUUUGCUAAGUACAAAAAUGAGCAGUAAUUUUUUUUAGUGACAAAAAUUGCUGUUCUAAAUGUGUCCACUGGAUGUCGCAAUAGCAAUUCUUGGUAUCCGCAGCCACGAGAGCAGGCGUGACGACAUGCUCACGCUGCUUAUUAGUGAUAGUAUACAAAAUGUGGAGUUAUUUUCAUGCCAUAUUGUCAACGAUGCUGUUGGUAAUAUAACCUGUGACAUUUAUGCCCCAAUAAAUGCGUUUAAUAAUCUGUA